AGAUAUCGAGAGGCGAGAGGUUGGAGAAAAAAUUUCGGUUGCAUUUCUGCCUUGUCUGGUUCGGGACGCGUGGCACAGAAUUGUAGUUUAGCUUUUUAGUAGCUGGUGAUAGAGAAAGGAGAGUCGGAGAGAAGACUGAACUCUCUCUCUCUCUUUCACGAUGGCCGCCUCCCGCCGCUUAGCCAAGGAGCUGUCGGACAUCAGAAAGAAUGAAGAGAAAGUCUUCACGGACAUACAGGUAGACGAAGGCAACAUGCUGCGCUGGCAGGGUCUUCUAGUGCCAGACAAUCCGCCGUACAAUCAGGGCGCGUUCCGAGUGGAGAUAAACUUCCCGCCCGAGUACCCGUUCAAGCCGCCCAAGCUCACGUUCGUCACAAAGAUCUACCACCCGAACGUGGACGAGAAGGGCCAGGUCUGCCUGCCCAUCAUCACCGCCGAGCACUGGAAACCAGCAACGAAGACGGACCAGGUCAUCGCGGCACUAGUGGCCUUGAUUCACGCUCCCGAGCCAGACCAUCCUCUUCGCGGAGACCUGGCGGAGGAAUACAUGAAGCGGCGCCCGCAGUUCCUCAAGAAUGCCGAGGACUUCACGAAAAAGUUCGGCGAGAGACGGCCAUAGGUUCUGCAGUGGGGUGCGGAAGCUGAGCAGCGAGCAAGCUUUCAAGGUCUGGAACUGUUGAGAUUUUCUCCUUUUUUUGCCCAAUUUUUGUCUCUAUAUUUUUCGCUGCAUGUUGUACACGUAUCGGUGCUGUCGCUACGCGUUCGCUACUGCAGACACAGCCCAAGCGCUGCCGCCCGAGAAGCGAUUUCGGUUGUGGUUGCUCGUGAGGCUGCUGUGGUGGCUGGUCCGGAAUGCACUCACAUACCCGGCUACAGUGCAGUGAUGCCAGUGCUGUAGGGACAGGAAGAUUGAGUGUGUCGAGUUUCUCCUGUUUUGUGUUUCUCUUCUCACACACAGACACACACACGCUCUCUCUCUCUCUCUCUCUCUCUCUCUCUCUCUCUCUCUCUCUCUCUCUCUCUCUCUCUCUCUCUCUCUCUCUCUCUCUCUCUCUCUCUCUCUCUCUCUCUCUCUCUCUCUCUCUCUCUCUCUCUCUCUCUCUCUCUCUCUCUCUCUUUCUUAUUGUAAUGUUGGCGCGCCACGCUGUGAAACGUGGUCUUGCGCUCGGCUGUCAAAAUAUACAUGGGCUCCGCUGCUGCUGCUGCUGCUGUUGCGCAUGGCCUUUACCAGACCUGCGUGACACGAACUUUCACGUCGCCGCCUUCUGCGCUUGUGUAUAGCAGCUAAGUACGCGCACACAUGCGACGCCUCCGUGUGUUUGCAUGCAUGUGUACGUGCAUGCACACACCCUGGAUCCUGCUUGCUCCGCUUUUGCGUCCGCCGGCAUAUUGGCGCGUGUGCGUGUGCUCCUUUUGUAACACGUGUACACAAUUUUGCUUUUAGCGUGCGCCGAAAACGUGCACAUCUGUCCAUAUUUGGCAAAUAUUCCUGUACAGCUUUUAAUCUAAAUAGGUGGCACAUUUUUUGUGUCAAUUCUCUUUUGCUUUGAGGCGAGCGCCACCAGUGCCAUAAUGUUCUCGACCCCACUCCCCCGCCCAAGCGUUCGUUUACUUUUUCCCGGUCAUUUUUUCUGUUGGUGUGGAGGUGGCUAUUUUUGUGCUACGUUAUGUGCUCGAUCACUGUAUUGUUCAUCUCUCGA